GGAAACUCUGAUUUAUCUCCGCCGUUAAUCAGCCGCCUUUUCACCAAGUUCGCCAUUGCUAAUCGCCGUCGAAGCUGCGAUGGCUCCUCCUCCUCCUCCUCCAUGGCUACGUCUCUACCUGAGAAGAAGCUCCGCUAAGCCUCCCCUCUUCGCUCGCUCUUCUUCUUCAUCGAGCUCCGACGGGUUCAUUUCCAGUCAAAGCCGACUAAUCGGCGGGACAGAGGUACGGGGCGGUAGAAGAGAAGGAGAAGGAGAAGGAGAAGAAGUACGAUUUUACCGCGCUAGUAGGUCUUCUCCUUUCUCCGGUAUGAUACGUUACUCCGCUUAUCAUCCUCACACGCACGCCUCUAUAGGUUUUAGAGGUGUCUCUAGUAUUACUUCUGAUGAUGGUAGUGGAGAAUGUGAUGACGAAAUCGAAUCUGAUCACGAUAAUGAUGAAGAUGAUGAUCUUGCUAGUGAUGAAAUUGACGUCAGAUGUGUUGUUGAUUCAAGUACUAAUCCCGAAGAAGUAGAGAGAGUCUGCAGAGUGAUCGAUGAACUGUUCGCGUUAGAUAGAAACAUGGAAGCCGUUCUCGACGAAAUGAACGUGGAUCUAUCUCACGACCUGGUCGUUGAGGUGUUAGAACGGUUUCGACACGCGAGGAAGCCUGCGUUUAGGUUCUUCCGCUGGGCUGCAGAGAAGAAGCCAGGUUUCGGUCACGACUCGAGGACUUACAACUCCAUGAUGAGUAUCUUAGCCAAGACAAGACAGUUCGAGACGAUGGUUUCUCUGCUCGAAGAGAUGGGCGAGAAAGAGUUGUUGACGAUGGAGACGUUCGCUAUCGCGAUGAAAGCCUUCGCUGCUGCUAAAGAGAGGAAGAAAGCUGUUGGUAUCUUUGAGGUGAUGAAGAAGUAUAAGUUCAAGAUUGGUGUCGAGACGAUUAACUGCUUGUUGGAUAGUCUUGGGAGGGCUAAGCUUGGGAAAGAAGCGCAGGUUUUGUUUGAUAGGUUGAAGGAGAGGUUUACUCCCAAUCUGAUGACUUACACUGUUCUGCUUAACGGUUGGUGCAGAGUUAGGAACUUGAUGGAGGCGGCUAGGAUUUGGAACGGUAUGAUUGAUGAGGGGUUGAAACCGGAUGUUGUGGCUCACAAUGUUAUGCUUGAAGGUUUGCUGAGGAGUAGAAAGAAGUCUGAUGCGAUUAAACUGUUCCAUGUCAUGAAAUCCAAGGGGCCUUGUCCUGAUGUGCGUAGCUAUACCAUCAUGAUCCGUGAUUUUUGUAAACAGUCGAGCAUGGAAGCUGCUGUUGAGUAUUUCGAUGACAUGGUUGAUUCCGGUUUGCAACCCGACGCUGCGGUUUACACGUGUCUGAUCACUGGUUUCGGGACGCAGAGGAAGCUGGAUACGGUUUACGAACUGCUCAAGGAGAUGCAAGAGAAGGGACAUCCUCCGGAUGGUAAGACGUACAACGCUCUGAUCAAACUGAUGGCGAGUAGGAAGAUGCCGGAACACGCGACAAGGAUCUACAACAAGAUGAUACAGAACGGGAUCGAGCCGUCGAUACACACGUUUAACAUGAUGAUGAAAUCAUACUUCAUGGCGAGGAAGUACGAGAUGGGGAGGGCGGUUUGGGAGGAGAUGGUGAAGAAAGGGAUUUGUCCUGACGACAACUCCUACACGGUUUUGAUCAGAGGGCUUAUAGGGGAAGGGAAGUCGAGAGAGGCGUGUAGAUAUUUGGAGGAGAUGCUUGACAAAGGAAUGAAGACUCCUUUGAUUGAUUAUAACAAGUUUGCUGCUGAUUUUCACAGAGGAGGACAGCCUGAUAUAUUUGAGGAAUUGGCACAGAGAGCUAAGUUCUCUGGUAAGUUUGAGGCUUCAGAGAUCUUUGCAAGAUGGGCUCAGAUGACUAGAAGGAGAUUCAAACAGAGAUUCAUGGAAGAUUGAUGACUUGGGGAUAUUUCAAGGGGCUAACUCGGAAAAGGAUUGUGCUCAUUAGUAAGUGGUUAUUACUUGAUCUCAACUGCAAAGGCUUGGUUAGAGUCAGAACUCUAACUUCGAUCAAGAACAUGACUUCAAUUGCAUUGCUUGGACUUAUCUUAGCCACAUAUGGUUUGCUUUGAACCAAUACUUGAGGUUCUAUUCUAAUGGCUCAACGAGGACCCCCCGUUGAGAAGCAUCAAUUAAGACUACUAGCAAAUUGUUAUGUAUAUUGUCUUAAGCAUGUCUCUGCUUUUCUUACUGUAACAU